CACCGAUUGUGGUCUAACGUACGAUCCAAUACAAAUACAACGUGGCCAAUUCCCACCUUUUGUUCUAGCCCCUGUUCUAGACCCCCGGUUCUACCCCGCACAAAAGCACGACAUUGUGCCAUCACGACGUCGGUAUUUUGUCAAGCUUUUGGUCCGCUUUGAGGCCAAAAACGCUGAUAUCGAUUGCUCAGAUUCAGCGGAAAGGUUAUCCUACUGUGGACGAUGGGGGUUCUUUCGCAGAUGAGUCUCCGCAAAGCCGGAUGGAUGUUCCUGCUUCGCCGGGUCCCUCAAUUGAAUCGUCCAUACCUCCCGAGGUUCCCCUGAAGACUCCAAGUUCAUCCCUCAUGGUGCAACUAUGUGUAUAUCGACUUCGUUUAUACCCAAUAUGGCCGAUCGUGGCGGUGGAGGAAAUAAUGGGAAGAUUCUAUCCCAACUAGAAUUUGCCGGCGCUACCAAAUGCUGCCGCGAUAGGCGUUUCGUAGCCUUGUGGCCCAAGGUAAUUUCAAGUUGCUCUGAAUAUAUAACUGUUGUGAAAGUGUUCCUGCAAAAUACUGCUGUGCUUGCCUCCAUCUUGGACAGCAGAACAAUGACCCCACAGAGCCCACAGAGCCCCGAGAAGCAAAGCCUGGCAAGUGGGAAGUACUCGAAGAGGCCAGACCCAUUGGAUCCGUCAUUCCAGCCCAAGGAGAUGCAAAAAGUGGUCCAAGAGGCCAUUCUUCUUGCUGGUGGCGCGGUCGCAAUUGCUCCAGGUCGCCAACCCCGGUGUGGGUCAAGGAGUCAAUUAACACAGCAACUUCGCGUACAGGCCUAUGGACCUCCUGUGGACCAUGACGUAUGUUUACUGCAUGGCCUUUGGUACGUGGAUGAGAAGAAAACCAUUAUUGACAUGGUCCACCGCGCUCAUGCCCCUGUCCAGGGGGCAACUUAUUCUGCAAACGAUGUCGACCUGCAGCUGUGGGUUGCACCGACGCUGUAUGCGACCGCAAAGCGUUCUGGGAGGGACCGCAGUAUUGCAAGCUUUGAAGCUUCAGCUCAGGCUAUCAGUGUUGGCAAGGAUCUUCUCUGGAACAAGGAGCUCCCAUUGUGGGCUAAGAUUAACAUGCCUUUGCUGCGUCUGAUGACGGCAGAAUGGCUGCCGCCGCACAUGCGGGACGCGUAUGGUCUCAAGACUUCAAAAUCUCACAAGAGAGCUUACAAGGUCUUGUUGGGGGUCAUCAAGUCGGUGUACCCUCAAUUACCUAUGUUCAUUCGAAUAUACGCAAUGAAGUCUACGUAA